AUGGGCAGGCCGAGGAAGAAGCCUAAUGCUGAUAGUACGAGUGCGAGUGCCAAACCGGCACCUACGGUGUCAACAAGUGCCCCGGCCCAGCAGGGUUCAUCCGGUACCACGCCAGAGGAGUCUACGGUGGCCGCACCGGACAUGCUGAUGGACCUUGACCCAUCGUCGUUCAUAGAUCCGGGCUUGGGCGCUACUUCCGAUGGAGGCUUGUUGGACCUGCUCGGCCCGGACUUUGUCUCAACCCAGCCCUUCCAUGCACAAGAGUGGCAGCCCAAGAUGAACCCACUAGAACGGGAUAUCUGGAGCUUUGAUAUCAACUUUGACAACCAUUAUCCGCCUCCACCGCCAGCGGAGCACAGCGGCACAGGCGCGCAACUCCCGCCGCCGCUCAGCUUCGGCACUCCCAGCCUGUCAUCACAGGGUGCAACAACCCCUGAGAAUGCCAACACAUCCACGACAGCCGCACCGGGGACCUGUGGCUGCCUUGCGAGCCUGUACCUUGCCCUCGACGGCCUCACUAAUCUCCCCACGGAGGUCGAACCUGCGAUCCGGGCAGCCCGGAGCUCGACCAAGGCAGCCCACGAAAGCACCCACUGCCGGGUCUGCUGCCCGCCGCUGACAGAGAGCAUGAGGAUCACCAUGUCGUCCUUCCAGAACAUGAUGAUCCUCGGCGCGCUAUUCCCAUCCGUUGUCGACGCCUACCGCCGGAUCCUCGACAUGAUCGAGAUCGAGACGGCCCGCGCCAUCUGCGAGCGCCGCCAGAUACACUUCUCGCUGCCCGAGUACGGCGGCGUGUGGGGCCAGCUCGGCUCGGACGAGAACAUCUGCAGCACGGCCAGCCAGUACGACAACGUGACCCUCGAGCCGGCCAUGUGGCGGCUCACCGUCCGCGCCCUGCUCAAGGUCGACGUCUACGGCGUGAACUGCGGGCCAGAGGGCCCCGGGAGCAAGACCCUGCGCUUCUCGCAGAUGGGCCUCAAGGACAUUGUCGCGCAGCUGGAGGAGAGGAGCCGAGCCCGGCAUGCCGAGGUUGAUGCCCUGCUGGAGGCUGGUUUGCCGGGGCCGGUGGGGCCCGCGGGCGUGCGCGCGCAGCAUUCGCUCGGCGAAGAGCCGCACUGCAAGAGGAUAAUCAAGAUCGCGAAGGACGCCAUAGCAUCAUUGGAUAUUCCUUGA